UGAACAGGGUUUUGCAAUUAUAUCUGACAUCAACAAACUGUUCAAAAUGUCUCUGGUGUUCUAUAUAACUUUAUUUCUUAUUUCGGCCAGCGAAAUAGUUUGUAGAAAUAGAAAUAAUCGACUUUUGCUUCAGGAUGACGCUUCCCUUGUAGCAUUUCAGACAUAUAUGGCAAUAGUUAAACAGACAUUUCAGACAUUAGAAGCAGAGUUAAAAGCUUUAAAGGCAACCGUUGCUAAUCUACAAAGUGCUUCAGGUAAUAGCGCGGGAAGUAUAUAUGUCCGAUGGGGAAAAUCAUCUUGUCCAGGAAACGGCACAACC